AUGCAGAAGUCCAUUGCUGAGUCGGAGGAUCAGAUCGAGAAGAGGAUUGCCAAGGAGAUUACGAGGCAGAUUCUUGCAGUCCACCAGCGCCUAGAUGCCUUCGAGUUGAGAGUUCUCGCCCGGCCAGCCCCUACUAUUGACUUGACGACUCUCCAGGCUGCUGUGGCGAGUCUGAGGGCUGAUGUGGAUGCCAUUCUUGAUGCGUGGGUACCUAAGACUGAGGCCACACAUGCAGAGUCUGCUGACGAUAUGGUGUUUGCUGCACUGUUCCAGACCACCGCUGCGCCACCCCCUCCACCACGUGAGCAUGCCAAGAGGCACCGGACCAGAGAGGGUGAUGAGGCUUGUGCUAGGAAGAGAGAGCGUACCGAGUUUGAGGUUGCGAGGAGAUCCUCGUUGAUGGAUGAGGAGGCCCAGCGGAUGAGGGAUCAUGAGUUGGCUGCUAUGGCAUCUAGCUCAAGGAUUUUUGAUGUUGAGAGGAGCACUACUGAGGGUGUUGACAUUGCUGAGGACACUAAUGAUGGUGUCCCUACUACUGAGGGAGUGGGUUCAAGGUAA